AUGGCUUCAGCGAGAAGGCGUCGGGAAAGGUGGCUGCCUGUUACACAAAAGGAUACUAAGGAUUUUAUACCAACAUUAGAUAGUAUCUUCAAAAUAGCACGAUUCUUUGGCAUAACCAGUUAUGGUUUCACUAUUGCUUUCUCUUGGAGUUUCAUUUUGUUUAUAAUGCUGGUUACUAUGGAGGCUUGGGCUAUAUGGAAACUUGUACGAAUUGUAACUGGACGGACUACCUACAUGAAAUUUAGUGGUAGCAUGGUAUCAACUCGUCUGUCAGGUUCUAUUUUUUAUGGGAAUGCAUUAAUGUCACUACUAUUGUCAUCCAAAUUUGUCCACGCUUGGCAGAGUCUAUCGUUAUCUUGGUUGCAUACAGAAAAUCCAAGUGGCUUGACUUUGCCUUCGGAUGUUGCAGUUAAAAGAAGAGUUAUUUUUGUUACAAGUUUAGUAGCUUCUGGCGCAUUUAUCGAGCACAUGCUAAGCAUGAUGUCAGCAACAGAUUUUAACAUACCACCUGGAGAAUAUUUUAAAAGAUAUGUUUUGAGAUCUCAUUCAUUUGUGUUAAGACCUAGUGACUACAAUUUAUGGAUUGGAAUACCUAUAUUUUUACUGGGCAAGCUUGCUACUGCAUUAUGGAACUUCCAGGAUUUGAUUAUAAUUCUCAUUAGCAUGGGACUUACUUCUUGCUACCACAAAUUGAAUCUUUUGGAACAGAUUUCGGCCCAAGGAUACAAACAUGGCGUCGUCUCCGAGAAGCCUUUGUACGUCAAGCAAGAUUGUAGAGGCAAUGGUAGUACCAUAAGUCAUGCUUACCAUCUCCUGUCAUUGAGCUGGUUGAUAGUUAGAGCAUGCAGUGUGGUAUUAGCGGCUGCAGACGUACAUAUUCAUUCAAAAAGAGCUUUGAAUUUUUUAAGCUCUUGUCCGAGUUCUGCUUACAAUAUAGAGAUCAAAAGGUUGCAAUAUCAACUUACUCACGACUUUGUGGCUUUGUCAGGGAUGGGUUUCUUUUCACUCAGACGGGGAUUAUUAUUGGAAGUGGUUGCAGCGAUAAUAAAAUAUGAGUUAGUAUUGAUACAAUAUGAUACUUGA